ACUCCUGUUGAGAGCCUACUCUUCUUCAACAUUGUUCGCUUCAACAAAGAUCCCAGCGCUGUCGACUGGAACGAGGUUGCCAUUCACUCCAACUUGAAGAAUGCUGGCUCUGCCAAGGUUCGCUAUCGCCAGAUCCAGAAGAAAUACAAUUUGGAGGGUCUGACUCCCAGUGGAAAAACUGGUGGA